GGCCGGAUAGUAGCUUUGGAAAACUGUUUGGAAAACUGCUCCGCUCCGCUCAGCUCAGCUCUCCAGCGUUGUUGUCCCGUUAACGAAGUUGUUGUUCUUGCCGUUGCCGCAGUCCAAUUUUUUUCUAUUCUACACAUACCUAUAUAUAUAUCUAUAUAUAUAUAUAUAUAUAUUCCAAACUCUCUCGCCGCGCUGCUCUUGCACCCAUACAAACAAAAAAGCCACAGCUGAGCGAGCGUUGAGUGAGAAACAGAGAGAGGGAGAGAGCAAAAGAGAGAACUUAAAGCUCCGUUUUUUAAUACGCUUCACAUGAACUUCUGAAGAAACCGCACUCGACACGCGGCCGCCAAACACAGCACAUCGGACCAAAAGGGCUGGAAAAAUAAAUAGAAAUCAGAAAAUCGGAAAACGAGAAAACCAUAAAAGAAUAUUUCUACAAAUAAUAAAAACGCAGCCAUCAGCACUUGAAACUCCGCCAUAUGUAGCAAAGCAAAGAUUAAAACGCCUGGAAAAUUGAAAUCUCUGUCCAAAUAACAAGAACAACGUCUUGAAUUAAAUCAAAACCAUGUGCUGUGCUUAAUUUAUCUAAGGAAACCAGACAGAGCGAGAUAGAUAAAACAAAAAAGGAAGCUAAGCCACAAAAGCGAAAGAAAGAGAGCGAGAGAGAGAGCUGAACGGGGCGGCAAAUUUGCGUUGAUUUUUUAGCAUGUAUUGAAUUGAAAUGUUUAACUAGAAUAACAAAUUUAGUUGUUGAUACUUUUCCAAUUGUUUGUUAAAUAAACGCUAUCGCUGGAAAAUCGAACUCUCCACCACAAAUACACAACAAAAAUAAAAACCACACAACACACGCGAAAUAAAAUCAAAUUCUUGUGAUUAAAGUGCAUUUCUAUACGUACGUUAAAUACAACUACUAUUCACAUCCACGCAAUAUAUAAAGCAUAAUAAAACGAAAGUCGGUCGAGAUCGAAAAUCUAUAUAUCGCAUAUAUAUAACGGUGGCAGUUUAGCAAGGCGGCAGACUUUAAUUUAAAAGAAAAGAUAAACCCAACACUCGGCUGAAACACACACAAAAUAGCAGUUACAACGGCGAUUCUAUGAAGAUGGAAGUGCUCUCAGUACAAAAUCACAUUCAGGGAAAAUUCGGUGUUAAUAAAAUUAAAGACUGGCAAGCUGCGACAGCGCCGCUGGAGGAGGAGGAGGACCUAACAGUGGGUGUCAACGGGAACACGGCCGUCGGAGAGGGUGUCCUAGACGUCGACGUAGUAGAUGGCCAUCCAGCCUCUGUGCUUCACAUGCGACAGCACCAGGCUCUCAACACCCGACCACCUUCCACGCCCCCAUCGGCAGGGGGCGGUGGACCGUUGGCGGGAGGAGCUGUCGGUGGGAUGACCACUCCCAAACAGGCCACAUCGCCUGUGGCUGCGGCAAGUUUCGAAGUGCCCGUUAGUGGUGGCAACGCAGCCGCUUAUCAUCAAGCCUACAUGACCAACGUGCUGGCCAGCACCGCUCAGCAGCAUCACCACCAACACCAUCCAUUGCCCGCCUCGCCGCUGCAGUCGACCGCAGGCGCUCGAUUUGGAGCCGCCGACAAUCUGGACGAUGUGAGCGCCAGUGCGGUGCGGGAAUUGUCGCAGCAGCUGCAGGCCCAGUUGCGGGACGCUAAGCGACGCCACCUGGCGUGCACCGAAGUGACGCUGCCUAACGACCUAACGCAGCGUAUCGCCGCCGAGAUAAUUCGGAUGUCGGAGAGGGAACCGUGUGGCGAGCGGGCCUGCACGCUCUUCAUCGAGUUUGAAAGCGAGCCAAAUAACGUCAGGCGCAUAGCAUCGUUCAAAGUGGAUCCGGAUACGGUGUCGAUAUUCGAGUUGUACUUGACGUUGAGGCAGGACAAGAGCGGCUGGACCUCCCUGCUGCCGCAGUUUAUAAAAAACCUUACCCGUAGCAAUACUAUCAACAUCAGUCCCGACUUCACGCUGACCAAGAACAAACUCUACUCAUCGGAGUGAGUCGCUCGACGGAGGAGCGGCAUGGAGUGCGAACGAUAUUCGCUGGGCUGCUCAAAACUCAAUCAAUCCCUCCGAACAACAACAGCAACAGCAGCAGAUAAAAGAACAGCAGCAAUCGCAAUAGCAACCAUAUAAAUCGGUCGUGUCUCCUUUGUCGCGAUACCCUAGAUUCAUGAUCUUCAUUAUGGAAUGCACAGAGAAUCAUGAUGAUGAUUGAUAAUGAUGAUGAUGAUGUUUAACCGUAGAGGCAAACUUUUGGACCACAAACUAUCAACUUACUCCUGCAAAUAACAAAUCAACUCAACGCUAAAGCAAAAAACAAUUAUUUUGGAACCUAAGCUCUAAAAAAAACAAAACCAAAAAAACAAAUCAACUGCAGUUGCAGGCAACUCAAAACUCUUAUUGGACUGACUUUUCGGCUUAAACAAAAAAGGUACUUUUUGAAAAACGAAAAAAAAAUCGCAAAAAAAGAAGUAUUGUAAACGUGAGAGGAGGAGGAGUGUGAGGAGAACAGAAAAACACAAAACCAACCAUAAGGAAUAUUCAAAAUAUUGUAAAACGUUAAGGCAGACAAGCAGAAGAUAAAGAGAACUUCACUCAGUGAACGGUUGUCGGUGAUCCGUUUUAAAUUGAAUACAAAAUGCAAAACCCCCGGACAGAAGUAUAGAGUAUUAACCCCAUUUGUAUGUAUGGAUGUGUGUACACCAUCACCUUGUAUCAUCAUCAUAAUCCAGGAAUCAAAUGUAGCCCAUAUAUAUAUACAUUAUGCAUUACUUCAGUGCAUAAUAUAUAUCUAAUAUACAUGUCUUUUGUCACGAUUCAAUUAGGCUAUCACUUCUAAAUGCAUUCAUACAUCUAAAAAACUGUAUUGAAAAAAGGAAACAAACAAAUUUCUAUAUAUAGAGAUAUAUAUAUGAGAGAGAGAGCAAACAAUAAGAAUCGGAAUCGAUCAACCGAGGCAGUAAGAGGAAAGUUAAUAAUAACAAAUAUAAAAACAAAGUUGAUGUGAUAUUAUAUAAUAAUUAUGAAUAUUGAUAAACGCAUACACACACACACACUCACGAAUACACUCACAACAUACAUAAAGAAAUCAAUUGCAGAAAGUUUUUUGGAAUCGAUUUGGAAAUUAUUUCGAAAUUAUUAUGUUCGAUCCCGACUUGUCGCGGUGCCCCAGUUUAUCUUACAGAAGGAAGCAAAUAGCAACAAAACAAAAAAUUAAUAUUAGUAAAUUAGAUU